ACCCCCUUAGGCUUUCGUGUUAAGCAAACAGCUUCUGGUAGCCGUGUUUUGGUACUUGGAGCCUCACGGGUGAUCCGGCUUCACCGCGUCGUCUCCGCUUGCUUCCUUCCUCCAUUACCAUGUCGACUCGAAGGGCAAGAACCCUAGUACGCACCGACGAGCUUUUCUUCACCCGUGAAAGUACAAAGCUUACCUAUUUUAAGCUAUCCUUUUGUUACUCCAACGAAUCAGAGAAUGUAUCCAUUCUCUAAAAUCUGAGUCCCACUCGUUUUGGUUAGAAGCACAGCCUCCCUUAUUGACAUCUCGCUUUUUUAUUAUACCGUGCACGCUUUUGGAGAAAUUCCGAAUCUGCGAUGAUCUGCAACUUUCAAAGUAUUUUUUGUUUGGGCGAGAGUUGGGUUUCUUACUUUCUAUUUGCACAUCAGAGGCAGUAUUUCUCAGUCAAAUAGCUAGUGGCGCAGUGAGCUAAGUAAAAGCCGGGAUGCAUCUACCGGUUACUUCCGGCGACAUGGACUACGGUGAGAACGCCCACAGGCAGGAACAAGACCCCGAGGUUCAGAACGACGGUGAUGAUGGAAUGGAGGGGCCACUCAGAUGUCUUCGUUGCGGUACUAGUUCGAAGGCCACACCUCACAUGCGUCGUGGCCCUGAAGGACCACGGACCUUAUGCAAUGCUUGUGGAAUUGCUUGGACCAAGACUUUGAAUAAACAGGGUAAAAUGCGGAAAGUGAUUGAAUCUGAUAUUCAUAGAGAAGAUGGAACUGCACAAAUGGUUCCAGAAAUUGAUAUGGAAUUCGAAAGUGAAGACAAGGCAUAUGAAUUCUAUAACAAGUAUGCAGGAUUUAUUGGUUUCAGUGUCAGGAAAAGUUCAUCGGAUAAGUCCUCUGAAAAUAUCACUAGAUCCAGAACUUUUGUUUGCUCAAGGGAAGGAUUUCGCAAAGACAAGAAAGGCGCCAAGGAAGUGAAGAGACCACGACCUGAGACUAGGAUUGGCUGUCCGGCACGCAUGACAAUUAAAAUUACACCAACAGGUAACUACCGUGUUACUGAAUUCAUAGCAGAACAUAACCAUCAGCCUGCGCCGCCAUCAAGUACACACCUGCUAAGGUCUCAAAGGAUAACAAUGGAGGUUCAAGCUGCUGAUGCAGAGUUGUCAGAUGAUUCAGGAGCAACACCUAGAUCUGCCAAUGAGUCUAUGGGGAGACAAGUUGGUGGUUUUUGUAAUGUUAAUUUUCUUCCUUCAGAUUACAAAAAUUAUCUGAGUUCAAAGCGUAUGAAAGCAAUGCAGAUGGGAGAUGCUGGUUCUGUGUUGAAAUACUUGCAAAACAUGCAACUUAAUAGUCAAUCCUUCUUUUAUGCUAUACAGGUUGAUGAGGAUGAUAAACUGACCAAUAUUUUCUGGGCUGAUGAAAGAUCUGUGGUUGAUUUUAACUGCUUUGGUGAUGUUGUAUGUUUCGACACAACAUUCAAAAUAAAUGGUUAUGGAAGACCAUUCACACCAUUCCUUGGAGUUAAUCAUCAUAAACAAACGAUUAUCUUUGGUGCAGCUUUGCUCUAUGAUGAAUCUACUGAAUCUUUUAAGUGGCUAUUUGAGACAUUCAAAAUUGCAAUGCGUGGAAAGCAGCCAAAGACAAUACUUACAGACCUAUCAAUCACAUUAAGUAGUGCAAUAGCUGCAGUAUGGCCAGGAACAAAUCAUCGACUUUGUGAGUGGCAUGUCUACCAGAAUGCUGCCAAGCACCUCAAUCAGGUUUUUCAAGGUUCGAAGACUUUUGCGAAGGAUUUUAGCCGAUGCGUCUAUGAUUAUGAAGAAGAGGAAGACUUCUUGUUAGCAUGGAGAACAAUGUUGGAGAAGUAUGACCUCCAAAACAAUGAGUGGCUUUGUAAGUUGUUUGAAGACAGAGAGAAAUGGGCUUUGGCAUAUAAUCGCCAUAUCUUUUGUGCUGAUAUUAAAAGCACUCUUAGGAAUGAAAGUUUAAGUAGUGUGCUGAAAAAAUACCUGAGUCCGCAGCUCGAUCUUUUGUCAUUUUUCAAGCACUAUGAAAGAGUAGUAGAAGAGCAUCGUUAUUCAGAGCUACAAGCUGACUUCCAUGCAAGCCAAAGUUUCCCGAGAAUUCCUCCUUCAAAGAUGUUGAGGCAAGCUGCUAAUCUCUAUACACCUGUGGUGUUUGAAAUAUUCCGGAGAGAGUUUGAGAUGUUCAUGGAUUGUAUGUUAUUCAGCUGUGGUGAGGUUGAUACAAUUUCCGAUUAUAAAGUUGCGGUCACUGAGAAACCUAAAGAACAUUAUGUCAGAUUUGAUUCAAGUGACUGUUCUGUUGCAUGUAAUUGCAAAAAGUUUGAAUUCAUGGGAAUUCAAUGUUGCCAUGCGUUGAAAGUGCUUGAUUUUAGAAAUAUUAAAGAGUUACCACUGAAAUAUUUUUUGAAGAGAUGGACAAAGGAAGCAAAAAUGGGGAAGAAAAAGGAUGGUCAGUUGGCUACAAAUGAGUCUGAACCCAAAUCUCCUACAUCCACAUCGAUGCAUGCUCCCAUGGCAUUAUAUGGUCAGCACCAGGGGUUUCAUGGCUUGAACCAUUUCAACCAAGAUUCUCCAGCCUCUGACCUGCAUCAUCCAUUUCAUACAAACUCUCAUUUGGGUCAGGAAUUCUCUGCUCAGCAACCGCAGUUCACAUUAUGAAAGAAUUUGCCGCCUUUGAAUGCAUAUAGUGCACAGCCAUCAAAAGACAUGAAGAACUACAAAUUGCUGUUAGUUUAGUAAGGGCACGAUCUACAUUUGAUGGCAAAGUGUAUUAUUUGGUGAGAAUUUGUACCCAAUUUUAGUAGGCUGAUGGCUUCAAUAGGGAACUUUUCUCUCAGCACCACACUUAGGUUUCAUUUGGGACGGCUUUUUUACUACUUAAAACAGUUUUUUAGUACAAAAAAAUUUAAUUUUUGUACUAAAAAAUUGCUUUAAGAAGCAGUAUGAAAGCAGCCCCAAACAAAACCUUAGUUAAAUAUAAGGUGCAUCAAAUAAAAAGAAAAAGAAAUGCACAAUGGGGACUGUGCUUGUCUUUCAUGGUUUGCCCAAUACAUACAGCUAGAAUUGUACAUCUAUUAGCAAUAUGUAAUAGAGAUUGUUUUUAUGUUUCCAGAGAGUUGUGGGUUAUUUUAUGAAUCCUAUAUCUUCAUUUUUUAGCGUUAUAUAAGUUGUAGACUUUAUUCUAUGUAUUUUCUGGUACAAUUUCAGCCCUUGUUAUUCUUGCC